GGAUUAAAAUAAACUGUACUUCCGCUGCUGAGCUAACGUUCCCGCAACAUCUCCAUUUUACAGCUGAACUAAAACGCACACUGUACAUCUUUAUAGAAGAGCCUACAGAGGCCAAACACGGAGGAAUCCUGGAAGGAGCCGGAGGAGAGAAGAUAUGCACACAACAUGGCUUUUAUGUCUCUAAUAUGAGAUGUGAUGAGAUGGCUCAGGCAGGGAAAGAACCGAAACGGACUAACCGUGUUGUGCUGGUCAAGAGAAUAAUAAAGAACGAUGACAACAACCCGAUGCAGCAAGGAAUCGGGAAGCCGAGUGUGUACCAUGCAGUGGUGGUCAUCUUUCUUGAGUUUUUUGCCUGGGGUUUGCUCACCACACCAAUGCUUACUGUGCUACACGAAACAUUCCCCCAGCACACAUUCCUGAUGAACGGCCUCAUUCAGGGAGUGAAGGGCUUGCUGUCUUUCAUGAGCGCUCCAUUAAUCGGAGCGUUAUCAGAUGUCUGGGGCAGGAGAUCUUUUCUGCUGGUGACUGUGUUUUUCACCUGCGCACCUAUUCCUCUGAUGAGACUCAGCCCCUGGUGGUACUUUGCCAUGAUCUCAGUGUCCGGGGCUUUCUCAGUCACCUUCUCGGUCAUCUUUGCAUAUGUAGCAGACGUCACUGAGGAGCGGGAGAGGAGCACUGCAUAUGGACUCGUGUCCGCCACGUUCGCAGCAAGCCUGGUGACGAGCCCUGCAAUCGGCGCUUACCUCUCUGCCAACUACGGGGAUAACCUGGUGGUCUUGGUGGCUACGCUCAUCGCCCUGGCAGAUAUCUGCUUCAUCCUGCUGGCCGUCCCUGAGUCGCUGCCCGACAAGAUGAGACUGAACACGUGGGGAGCGCCGAUCUCCUGGGAGCAGGCUGAUCCAUUCGCUUCUCUGAGGAAAGUGGGCAAGGACACGACUGUGCUUCUCAUCUGCAUCACGGUGUUUCUGUCUUACUUACCCGAGGCUGGCCAGUACUCCAGCUUCUUCCUGUAUUUACGACAGGUCAUUAACUUCUCACCCACUACAAUCGCCGUGUUCAUCGGAGUGGUGGGGAUCCUCUCCAUCGUGGCCCAGACGCUUUUUCUCACGCUGCUAAUGAGAACCAUUGGGAACAAGAACACGGUUCUGCUGGGCCUUGGAUUCCAGAUCCUACAGCUGGCGUGGUACGGCUUUGGAUCAGAACCAUGGAUGAUGUGGGCAGCUGGAGCCGUGGCAGCCAUGUCCAGCAUCACCUUUCCUGCAGUGAGUGCACUCGUAUCUCGCAGCGCCGAUCCAGACCAACAAGGGCUAGUGCAGGGAAUGAUCACAGGCAUCCGAGGCCUGUGUAACGGCCUGGGUCCGGCGCUCUACGGCUUCAUCUUUUUCCUCUUCGAUGUGGAGCUGAGUGGAAUUGCACCAAUCCAGACGGACUACAACAUCCCUCUUCAGACUCCCAAUGAGCGGGUGGCGAUACCAGGCCCUCCCUUCCUGCUGGGUGCAUGCACGGUGCUGGCAGCCUUCAUCGUGGCACUGUUCAUCCCAGAACGGCCGACAGCGGGUGCCAAGACGUGCCAGGAGCUGAAGAGAAGCGGCAGCCUGACGGGAGCGCACGCCAACACACCGCUUCCGGGCAGCGACGAGGACUUCGAGCCUCUUCUGGAGGACAGCACUGUGUGACUGUGUGACCGUCAAACUUUCCUCCAGCCCUCGGAGAAAGAGAGAAAAAAAAAAACAAAACGAGUGAGCAAAAGCCCCCGCAAAGCCUCCCAGAAGAAUUUGUUUUCUUUUUUCUUUUUAAUUAGGUUUUGUAUUUUGUUUUAAUAUUAACACGGUUUGUUGUUGAAAUCUUUUGUUUAAAUCUUGAAUUUUGAACCAAGGUUUUCCAUGCAACAUUUCUUUAAAAUUUUAUUAUUAUUAUUAUUUUUUUUACUCUAUUUUGCAACAGCAAAAAGGGCUCGGAUGUGCUGUAGCAGAAAUGGAGUGAAACCUUGCAGUGGGGCACAUGGAAAACUUAGCGCUUUGUGUUUCUAGAUGCAACGUUGAGUCAGGUUUAAUGGGCAAAGUGCAGUAAUGUGAAUUGCUUGACUUUAGACUUUAUAGAUCCUUAAGUUUACCGUGUUUAACGAAAACGCUCAGAUGGUUUUUAAGCGAUUGACUAUAGAUCUCUGUAUAGCUGUUUCUACGUAGAUUUGUCAUCUUUUGGAUUCAGAGCCAUGAGAUUACCUGCGGUCAGUGACGAGAUUGUGAUUGUUUUUGUUGUCGUUGCGUUUUUUUUUUUUUUUUUGUGUUACCAAGCCUUAAAGCUACAUAUCCAGUGAAGUAUGACUGUAGGAAUUUAAUGCAUUAUUUAUUGACACAGACAAGUUUUAUUGUGCAGCGUCUUGGGAUGUCAUCAGAGCCACAUCCUUCACUUGACGUGUCUUUUACAUUGACGGUGUUACGCUGAAGUUAAAAGAUAAGAAGGAUGGUGCUAACAGAGGUACUGACCAUGACGCAGUUACUGUGAGGCGCUGGUCAGUUUAUUUUAUCGCUUUUUGGGAGGGUAAAAGUUUCUAUGCAGGAGUUUUGAUCAUUUAACCCUAUUUUUUUUUUUAUUUCAGUUUAUUUAAGUUUGCUUUAAAAGCCAUUUUGCGUGAAAUAUGAUUUUUUUUAAAAACAAUAUUGUUUUUAUACUUUUGCAGGAAAGUUUUGUGUGUGUGUGUGUGUGUGUGCGUGUGUAUUGUGGGUGGGUGGGAGUCCAAAAUGUAUACAGAAAAAAAAAAAGAAAAUUCUGCACGCUGUUUGUUUACUUAAAAAAAAAAAAAAAAAAAAAAAAAAGUUCUACAACUAUUUUGGAACCGCAUGCAGAUUUUUCUUUCAUUCUCAUUUUCUUUUCCUCCAGAACCUCUCCAUGAGCCCAUAGAUGUGCACAACAUGAGCUCGUUCUCAGUCUUAGCGCAUCUAAAAAAAAAAAAAAAAAAACUGAAAUAAUUCCAUGAAAGUGUCACCAGCUACCUCUUUUUUUCCCUUUUCUUUUCCUGAGGUUCUGAAGAUUCCAAGUUUAACAUUUCCUGCUACAGCCAUCCUCUUUCUCCUUCUCCUCCUCUCUUUACCCAGGGUAAAAUUGAAAACCUCAUAAUGAUUUUUUUUCCCCCUCCCUUAGAAACAACCUAUGUUAACAAACCGUAUUUUCAAAGGGCACUUUUGAGAUACACACAUUCCAUUUGCCCACAAACAAAGAGCUUUAAGAGCAUUUGCAAUUAGUAGUGAGCACUACAGACAGAUUUCGAGCACGCUAUGGGGACAAAUGUGAUGCUGUUUCGAUUUUACAAGGUAUUGAUUGCACCUCUGUUUCCGGGUUAGAUGUUUAACAGUUAAAGGUUUAGUAGGCAAAUAAAAAAACCCGAAGAAGGCGUUCGUUUAUAUUUGGAUGAACUUCCUCUCAGUCAUUUUAUAACCACGCCCUCUAACACUGCGCACAUCCUCUUAAAUCAUGUCGAGGAGAAUUUUGCACAUUUACAGAGUCGUAGAACUUGGCUUUCAAGCCAACAUGAACCGGCGAAAGUUUUUGGGGCAGAGCUUAGCAUAAAAAGCUGGGAAUAGAGGCGGGCUCAAAUAUUCAACUCCACCCAUUUAACGUUAGAGACCUAUAUAUAUAUAUAUUUUUUUUUUAAAUCUUACCUAAUGCAUGUUUUACCCACUAAACAUCACUCAAUGUCCUUAAAGUGACAAUUUCUUGUUGAAUAUGCAAAUCUAGUGUAAACAACAAACCAAAUAAACGUUAGGUUUACUACUCAGCAUGACACAACACUCCAACACACUGAAUAAAUACCUCUCUAUUCAUUGUUAGUAGUUACAGAAAUAAACAGCGUUUAUUUAUUCAUUUAUUUCCUGAAUCUAAAAUAACCAGGGCAUUUUACGUUUUGUAUGCACAAACCUUUUUUGUGUGCGUGAACACAGCAGGCAGCUCGGAUGUGACGCUUUUUCUAUUUCUGGAUCUUUACUAAUCAUAUAUCACCUUAUUAUUAAUAAUAAUAAUAAUAAUAAUAAUAAUACGUUCUGAAAAUAUGGAUGCUUUUAUUUUGUAUAUAUGGAUGUUAUGCGUCAUUAAAGGCAAUGAUUUGUACUAAUUUUACCUGCAGUAGCUUGCGUUAUACAGUUAAUAAGCGAUUCAGUGCAGCCAUAAACAUCAGUACAAACAGAAAUAGACCUGAAUGUUAUUUUUAUCUUUAUAACUCUCCGAUCUGAUUAGUGACUGAACGAUGGCUCAACUCGUGUCCUUUAGUCUCGCCUCGUGUCCCAAGCACUAAUGCUGCAAUUAACGUCUCUUCAUAAUGUCUCUAUGCAUAUUUAAUGAGGGGUCCUAUAUAACAGGAUCGAAUGUUUUUCUUCCAUUUAUGGGCAUCAAUUACAGGUGUGAUCAGGGAACUAAGGAAACGUCAUCACACGUGCAACAUGAUCAUGAUCGGCCAAUUGGUUGGAUUUGUUGCUUUGCUGUUGUUAAAGGGUUACGGGUUGAGAGUACACGAAAAAUGGAAAGGCACAAAAUUUUUGCGUGCACGAAUGAAUUUUUCUUUCUUUCUUUUAUGGCAUCACCGAAAUUUUAAGUAAUUUAUACGUUCACAGGACCAUACCUUAUUUUAAAUGAACAGCUGGUCUAGCAGAUCAUCAGUCAUAACCGCUCACUACUACUUGCAACAUCUCUCUCUCUCUCUCUCUGUCUCUCUUUCUGUCUGUCUCCCCUCUCUUUGACACCCCAGUUCUCCAUCCAGAUUGCAGAUGAAUGAAGUGUACUGUUUUUAUGCAUUCCAACCUUCCAUAUGGAGGUUUUGCUGGUCAUAUAUAUCGCCGGCUACUUCUCAUCCAUCCGCAUGUCACUAGGAGAUGACACAGGAACCUAACACCUCUUUUCCCCUUCUCUCACUCCUUCCUCAUUUGAUGGUCCUUUUCUAGCAUUCCAGCCUCCUCUCCUUUCAUCCCAACUUGCUGUCAUCAUUACAGCCCAGACAGCUUUUUUCCAGAUUCGCAUCAUGUGUCCCCUGCCCACAAGGAAUGUGUCCAUGCAUGGGUUCUAACACCACGUACAGACGGCAGAACAGGACUGCUUCCCGGUUCCGGUUUUAACACACCCUCAAAUAUAUAUAUUAUAUAUAAAUAUACAAAUGGCUGGACAAAGCUCAAUUAAGGAAAGCAAUAAUCUAUUUCAUCUAUCAAACACUUCCGAUUUGAGUUUUAUCAUCAGCAUUACAUUAGUAACUAUCCACAUGCCAUACAUGACACGUAGUUAGCUAGCGAGUUCCUGAGCUAAUUUAACUCCAAGUGGCCACUAAUUAUACUUGACGAGGGUGUGUUGAAAGUGUUACUGGAACGUGGAGUAGUGCACAUGAUUUAUCUGUAACCCCACCCCCCUUCCCCCAGAAAAGAUUGCAUCGAAGCAUCGACGUCCAACUAUUAGUAAAUUGCCGUGUCGUGAUGGGCAUGCGUGGACGGUCUGUGGUGCACAGCCUGUACCAGUUAUUCUGACCAUGUAACAUAAAAAAAUAAAUAAACAGACAGUAAUAUUCUAUAUAUAAGUAUUUUAAGGUUGUAAAAUAUUGUACAUGUACUGACUAGUGUUAACGGAAUAUAUUGUUGCUAGAACUCGCUAUAUUUUUGGACCCGCAUACGAACCGUACAAAUUAUUCUAUGAAUUCAGCCAGUCUGAGGAAAACGUUCCCCAGACGGCUCAUUUCACCAGCUCUGGCCUAAAUCCAGCUUUUCAAGUCAAGAGACUGCAGAGGCGGCCCUGAACGCCAGCUGUCUCCAGUAUUUGUGUAAAGAUCUCUGCAACUUUCUCGUCUUUUCGAGAGAGAAAGCGCACAACCGUGCCUGAAGUGUAAAACCAUGUGCAGACCUGCAAAAGGAGUGUAAAUACCAUGUACUGCUUCAAGUGCUGAUACAGCAACUUUCUCUAUCUAUUAGUCAUGUCUUGGUGGUAUAUGUGGAGUAAAUGUGGAAUAAAACGGAGGUUAUGAAUAGCAA